AUGGCAUCGAACAGAGCUUUUGAGAACUUUGACUGGGGAUCCUCUGCAGCCUGGCUGCAAUAUUACAACGGUUUAUUUCCUACUCCUACACAGCAGCAGUUAAUCCGGAUAAAACAAAAAUGAUAUAAAAAGAACAUAGAUCCUAAUUUUGACCCUGAAGUCUCCCCACAAUCAUCCUCACAGCCAUCAGCCUCUUCACCUCAACGUCCUCAACCAGCCCAAUCUUCUUACAAUGCCCCAUCUCCCUCUGCAUUGCAGCUCGUACAAAUAAUCCUAUUUCUCCUGGCAUUCCCUGCCUUUUUCAUCCAUAAAUCCCUUCAUCUAAUAAUCGCAGGCCAUUUUGCAGGGAUAAUUCACUAUCACAAUGUUCCUAGGCUUAGUGCUGAUUACUGAAGAAAUGUGAUAUUAGACGACAAUAUGCACGCCAUCUUAUUUGCCUUGAUAUUUUUGUUUUUCAAUAAUCAUGUGCUUUGGGCUGUGCCAGCAUUUUUAGGGACUUUUGUGUAUAUUGGAGAUAUACUGUCAAGGCAUUCAAGUGUUCCAGCUUCAAUAAAAGUCUAUACAAGGAGACUUGACGCUAAUAAAGUAAAUAUGCUGCAAGUAAGGGCUGAUGCAGAAAUGUGGAUUGGGUUUGCUUCGAUUUUGAUGAUUUUCUUAGGGUCCAAUAUAGUUUUUCCACUUGUCUAUUGGCAGUAUACAAGGAUGAGGUACAUGCUAAACGGGUUUUCGAAAACUUCUUUUGCUUAUCUAAGGCUUAAGGGAGAUACAGUUUUCCAAAGGAUGCCUACAAUUAUACAGAAGGGCUGGGAGAAGGUAAAAUCAAUUUGUGCUUGGUCUGUAUCGAUGGAGGCUGGACCUUCAGCUGGCUCAUCAUGCACAGUGUUCUAA